AAGAUCGUGUGCUCUUUGUGCUGUUCUCUGACAGAGAUAUUCGUUCUCAUGCAUGGGAGAGCUGUGCUGAAGAUACUCUGAAAAGUUAAAAGUCUGCUCGGGAUACGGGUUAAUUUGAAGAAACUGCUGCGGUUUAAGAGCUGGGUUGUGGUGAUUUUUCAAUAGUUAAGAGCCUCUGGUGGUUUGAAAGUAACUUGCAGAGUUUUAAUUUUUUCUUUUCUGAAGGGGGAAUUUGUGAGGGGAAGCUGCGGUUUAUGAAUUGGGUUGCGCCCGUUUUGAUUGUAGAAGGGGUUAUUGUGCUUCAAGUUCUAUGUUUAGCGGAAAAAAAAGGCCACGGAGUCUAGUUGCUUCUUAAUAAACAGGGAACACAGCUUUCUGAUCAUCGUUCUGGUUUCCUCUCCACCGAAUCUAACAUAAUCCCCCUUCCUAAUGGGGUCUGAUGUUGCUGAGGUAGUGGACAAACAAUCUGUUCCUUGUUCCUUCAAGGUGCAUUGUUUAAUGUGCACCAAACUUCAGAAAUUGGUUACUAGAAUAUCAAGAAUACUUCCAGCAAUAGAAGAGGCUCGCCCUCGAUGCUCAUCAGGAAUACAGGAACUAUGCUCAUUAAACGAUGCAAUUGAGAAAGCCAAACAACUUCUUCAGUACUGUAGCGAGUCUAGUAAACUUUAUCUGGCAUUUACAGGGGAUAAAAUAGCCUCAAGAUGUAAAAGAUCAAGGGACUUGUUGGUGAAAUGUUUAGGUCAACUUCGAACUAUGCUUCCACUUGAGUUGGGUGAAGAGAUCUCUCACAUCAUGGAUGAUCUCAGGCAUGCGACAUUUACCCUGGAAUCAUCUGAAGAAGAAGCUGGCAAGGCUGUGCGAGGAUUGCUCCAUCGGGAUGCUUCUGCAACAGACUCAGUGGAAUAUGAAGUAAAAGCUCUACAAUUGGCAGCUUCAACACUUCAUAUUACAUCCCCGAAGGCUAUCUUGAUAGAGAAACGAUCUAUCAAGAAGCUGCAUGAUAAAGUCAGUGAUAGUGACCCAAUUAAAAAGAAGAUCUUAAAAGGUCUUUUGUAUCUAUUGAAGAAGUAUGGAAACUUAAUCCUGCAAGAGCAAUCGAUGAAUGGCCAUGUUCAGCGUGAAGGAGCAUUUGCAUUUCAGAAAUGCAGACAUGAUUCUGGAUUUAGCCAGUCUGUUGAAGUGGAUUCACUCAUAGGAUCACGGCAUCAUGAGGACCAAAUUGACUUCUCAAGCAGAGCUACACCUCCUGAAGAAUUUAAGUGUCCUAUAUCGUCAAGAUUGAUGUAUGAUCCUGUUGUCAUUGCUUCUGGACAAACGUUUGAGAGGAUUUACAUACAGAAGUGGUUUGAUGAGGGAAAUGAUAUAUGUCCAAAGACUAAAAUGAGACUGGCCCAGCUCUCAUUGACUCCCAACAUGGCCAUGAAGGAUCUAAUAUCAAAGUGGAGCAUGAGGCAUGGAGUCACCAUUCCUGAUCCAACUAUGCUACCAGAAUUCCUUCACUCUUGGGAAGCUUCUUCCGCUUCCAUUGCUAGCUUUGGAAGUUCUAUGAAUGAUCUACGUCUUCCGAUGGAUCUCAGCAACACGUCACUUGGAUCUUUAGAUACCAGUUUCAAUUCGGAUUCAUCAAACACUAAGAGGGCAGAUGGUUUAAACUCGAAUCCUGUACAGAAAAAAGAUGAGCACAAGUGUCAAUCUUAUGCAAGUAUACAUGAGACAGAUUUGGAAUCUCUAUCAAGACUAGCUGAACUUGAAUGGGAACCCCAAUGUGAAGCCAUUGAAGAUAUCAAAGAGCAUCUGAAUAACAGCGAAGAAGCUUGUCAAUUUAUGUCAUCUGACAAUUUUGUUGAACCGCUUGUUAGAUUUUUGAAGGAUGCAAAUGGCCGGCAUGACUUGAGAGCUCAAAAAGCUGGAUCUCAAUUGCUGCUGGCAUAUGUGAGCAGAAGCAGAAGUGGGAUCUCGUACUUAUGUGAAGAAGCAUUUAGUCUCUUGGCCACUGUUCUUGGUUCAGAAGCAACAGAAGAAAGUCUAGCCAUAUUGGAGGUGUUGUCUGGCCACCAGUACUGUAGAGAGAAAAUCGAAGCAUCUGGUGCUUUAACUUCUAUCCUAAAGAUGCUCGACUCCUGUAACAGAGAUUUCCAGGAACGGGCUAUCAAAAUCUUGUGCAAUUUUUCCUUAAAUAUUGACAUUUGUUCCCUCAUUGUUUCAUUGGAAUGCAUCCCAAAAUUGGUUCCUUUGUUAGAUAGCAGUAUUGGAGGAAGUUGUGUACUUCUAUUGAAGAAUUUAUGCAAUACUGAUGAGGCUAGGGUAUCUGUUGCUGAAACUAAUGGAUGCAUUGCCUCUGUUGCUAAACUACUUGGGUCUGACAGUCACGAGGAUCAAGAAAAUGCAGUGGCUGUUCUCCUUUCAUUGUGCUCUCAACGUGUUCAGUAUUGUCAGUUGGUCAUGGAUGAGGCCCGUGAGGGUGUCAUAUCAGAUCUUGUUGAUAUAUCUAUCAACGGAAAUGACAUGGGCAAGGCAAGUGCAUUGGAAUUGCUCCGGUGCUUAAGAGAUGUCGAGUAUGUUGAUGAUCAAGCAUGCAUCAGAUCUGAUAUUGAUUUCCCGAGUGAGUCUCCAAAUCUCUCUGAAGAAAGGAAACCAUCAAAGACAUCUCGGUUUUUCGGAAUGUUCAAACCCACUUCUCUUCACACAAGAAAGAAGAAAUGAAACUGGUGCCUUCAGCUUAUUUUAACCCGGUGGUAACUUGAAAUAUUGUAGCAAUAUGCUGUAGUAAAUGAAAUAGAAUUUUCUUGGUGAGAUUCUCGUUUUCUCCUAAACUGUAGAGAUUUCUGUAAUUCUGUUUAUAUGGAAUGGAGGAAUGAAUUAGCGAUGUAUAUUGUAUAGUAGGUGGGGUGGAUGGAUUUUUGGGAUCUAUUACUGAAUGCUUCCAAGUAUUGAUUCAUGAUGUUUUUGCUGCCAUUUUUAGGAUAUUAACUUGACAAACAUGUACAUUUUUGUGCUGUUCUAUGUUGUAUUUUAAUAAAUUUCGUGUUUGUUUUA